CUGUAGCUGUUGCAGAGAGAGAAAUUCACCGCAAGUAGAGCACCUUCUAGAUUGCUCCUGGAGUGUGGAGACAGAAGUCUCUGCUGUCCAAGUUACUGAAUCCAGAAAAAAAAAUGACCUUAUGAACAUGGAGAAAGAAAUUCAGCUAAGGCCCAAGGCAAAUGUCUCUUCUUACAUCCACUUUUUGCUGAAUUACAGGAACAAGUUCAAGGAGCAGCAGCCAAAUACCUACCUUGGCUUUAAAGAGUUCUCUAGAAAGUGUUCGGAAAAAUGGAGGUCCAUCCCAAAGCAUGAAAAGGCCAAAUAUGAAGCCCUGGCCAAGCUCGACAAAGCCCGAUACCAGGAAGAGAUGAUGAAUUAUGUUGGCAAGAAGAAGAAGCGGAGAAAGCGGGACCCUUACGCACCCAGACGACCCCCAUCAUCUUUUUUGCUCUUCUGCCAAGACCACUAUGCCCAGCUGAAGAGGGAGAAUCCGGACUGGUCAGUAGUGCAGGUGGCAAAGGCCUCAGGGAAGAUGUGGUCUGCAAAAACAGAGGCUGAAAAACAACCAUAUGAGCAAAGAGCAGCUCUUCUGAGAGCCAAGUACCAUGAGGAGCUGGAAAUCUAUCGUAAACAAUGUAAAGCCAGCAAGUGCCACCAGCGAAGAGGGAAAAUGGAGUCGGACAAGGCUGGUGGAUCCAAUUAGAAAUAAAAUGCCAUUCAACUACA